AUGAGCUGUCAUUUUCAUUAUCAUUUCAAAAACGCAAUGUGAAAAUUCCAUGGAAAUUCUUAGUUUAGGAAUAAUUCAUAUUUUUUUUCAAAAUGUAUAAGGGAUUUACACGUAUAUUAACUCAUUCCGAUAGAAUUCAAACGUGUAUUUCUCCAUUACUUAGGUCUAAUGUUCUCUGUGCUCGUAAAGACAAAAUUGCGAGUAUAGGUUAUAUUUUCAUGAGAACUAAAAAACAUGAUCGUGGAAAUCCUUCUGCAUUGUUCGUUCCUAUUCCUGUUAAACCCAACCCUGAUGAUAUUAACAUCGGCGAAGAAUUUACUGGUCGCCUGAAGAAGCAAGAUUUGUUAAAAAUAUUGAAUAAGUUCUAUCAAAAGCCAGAAGUUCGAGUUUUGUCCUCAGAAAAUGGUUUGGACGAUCAAUUAUUACAUCAGGCAUUUCUGUCGUUCAGACGACACUGUUUAGAACACGACCUACCUCCUGAUUUACAUAUAACUAUUAGUGACAUACUUCAGGGUGCUGGACAUGUAGAUGAUCUAUUUCCAUAUUUUCUCAGACAUGCUCGAUUAGCUUUUCCACAUUUAGAUUGUCUAGAUGACUUGAAAAAAAUAUCUGACCUAAGAACCCCUGCAAAUUGGUAUCCCGAAGCUCGUAGUAUCAAUAGAAAAAUUGUAUUCCAUGCGGGACCCACUAAUUCUGGAAAGACUUACCAUGCAAUGGAGAGAUUCCUUGCAGCAAAAUCGGGAGUAUACUGUGGACCUUUGAAACUCCUAGCUACGGAAAUUUACCAUAAGUCAAAUAAAAGAGGUACAGCAUGUGACUUGAUCACAGGUGAAGAAAGACGGCAUGCCUCCCAGUACAAUACAAUAGAUAGUACAGAAGACGAAGCUAAAACAGAAGAGCCGUUUCUUCUUGAAGAGUCUGAACUUACACCAUCUAGUCAUACAGCUUGUACAGUCGAGAUGACUUCGCUCAAUAAUUCUUAUGAAGUAGCAAUCAUAGAUGAAAUUCAAAUGAUAGGAGAUAGAGGAAGAGGAUGGGCUUGGACAAGAGCCAUAUUAGGUCUUCAAGCUAAUGAAAUUCAUUUAUGUGGAGAAGCUGGAGCUAUCCAUUUAAUAGAAGAGAUAUGUAAUACCACUGGCGAAGAAAUGGAGGUGAGAACAUACAAAAGACUAACAGAAUUGAAAGUUGAGGAUACGGCGUUAGGAUCGCUAGACAACGUAAAGCCAGGCGAUUGUAUAGUGUGUUUCAAUAAGAACGACAUUUAUAGUGUAAGUCGAGCCAUAGAACAGAGGGGCCAUGAAGUAGCUGUAAUAUAUGGAAGUCUUCCGCCUGGCACUAAACUGGCUCAGGCCAAUAAGUUCAAUGACCCCGAUAGCGCGUGUAAAGUUAUGGUUGCCACAGAUGCUAUAGGACUUGGUAUCAAUUUGAGUAUACGACGUGUGAUAUUUUAUUCAUUAAUAAAACCUGUUGUGAAUGAAGAUGGAGACAAGGAAAUGGACGUCAUCAGUAUAUCGCAAGCCUUACAAAUUGCUGGUCGCGCCGGUCGUUACGGCAGCGCGUGGGAGACUGGGUACGUGACCACCUUCAAGUCCGAGGACCUGGCCACGCUGAAGACGCUGCUGUCCCGGCCUCCGGACCCGGUGACCCAGGCUGGGCUGCACCCCACCGCGGAGCAGAUGGAGCUGUACGCGUACCAUCUACCCCACGCCAGCCUUAGCAGUCUCAUGGACAUAUUCGUCCACCUAUGCACAGUGGACGACUCCCUAUACUUCAUGUGCAACACCGAAGCGUUCAAGUUCCUAGCGGAGAUGAUACAACAUGUACCAUUACCGCUGCGCGCGCGCUACGUUUUCUGUUGCGCGCCCAUUAACAACAAACUGCCGUUCGUCUGCGCCACUUUCUUGAAGAUGGUCCGCCAAUACAGUCGCAACGAGCCGAUCACACGUAACUGGAUGUGUAACAGCGUGGACUGGCCACUCCCCGCCCCCAAGACCAUCAUGGACCUGGUCCAUUUGGAGUCCGUGUUCGAUGUUCUUGAGUUAUACUUGUGGCUGAGCUACCGGUUUCCAGACAUGUUUCCCGAUGUGCGACUCGUGAGGGACAUGGAAACGGAACUGGACGCCAUUAUACAGCAAGGAAUAUUCCAGAUUACGAGAUUGCUUCGAAACUCCGAACAGGGUAUCAAGGAGGACCCUGCGUCCUUGGAAAUGAGCGGGAAGAAUUCUGCAAGGAUCAUGUAUGGCCAACCUAAGGAUGACUCCAAGGGGAAACUCUCCGAUAUGCUUGUUUCUAGGGGUCUAAUAACGCCACAGAUGUUGAAGAAGCUCCAACAAGAACUGACAUCUGAGAAGAAAGUGGACAGAAGUAAAAAGAAAAUCAAUAGGAAUAGGAGGAAAUAGUGCAGUUUCGUAGAUUACCGCUAUCGAGUGAUAGAUGUGGAUGGAAUUACUACGAUUCUGGCGUUAGAAAAAGAGACGGUAAACAUAGAAUGUACAUCAGAUGUGGCGGUAGCAUAUUGUGGGUUUGUCCAUCCCAGCGGAAAGAGAUAUUCAGUAACGGGUCCUGACCUAAACCUCGGGAAAUGCGGGAUCCGAAUCAAAGCGUACAAAAACGACACUGGCAUUUGGAAAUGUCACAUGGGGACGUCAGCCAUAGGCGUCGAGACCAUGAAUAGGAUAUUCGUGAGAUUAGCCAAUCAGAUCGCUGCGAUUCGGUCCAACAUCACCGUGACCCACGGCAAGGAAGUGACCCUCGAGUGUACUACAACUAGAGGAUUAAAGCCGCUGAGAUAUUGCCGGUUUGAACCGCCUAAAGGCAGCCCUUUUAGCAUCAACGCGGCUGUGAACGUUUCCACUGCAAUACUGGGAAAAUACUACUAUCCGAGAAACAAGAGCGUUGACCGGGGGGAUUGCGCGGUGACCAUAAAGAAGGUGAAGUAUGAGGACAUCGGGACGUGGACGUGCGGGGCUGGCCUCGACGAUGAUAAGGAGUAUACUGACGUCAUCAAAAUAGAAGUAGAAGGAUUUUACACGCUGUCGACAGCGUCCGUUACGGGCAUCACUUUUGGAGCCAUCGGCAUUUUCGGCCUUCUGUGCUUCUUAGGCAUGGUCGCGUGGAAGAAGCGAAGCGUAUUAGGCAGUCCUCCACUGCCGGCCGAAGAGAUUGAAGUGAGGGAACUGGAGAGACAGAGGACGCCACAGAGGUCGCCACAAGUAACACCACAGUCGUCUAGGCACAUCCCUAGCGUAGUGGUUCAGUCACCGUCUGAACCAUCAGAGCCAGGGUCGUCACCGCUGAUGCCGAAAUAGAAUUAAAUCUUUCGCGCUGGCUAGCCGCUGGGCGGAUUUUGAUAAAUAUAGUUAAUAAAAAGCUAUCGCGGGCCGAGCUGUGGGCAACAGCUAGUAUUGAAUAUGAAUUUAACUGAGUUUUUGUUUAAAUUUUUAAGAUCUCAACGUUACUAGCGUGUUGUAUUGAGUUCCUGUUAAAAUACGGGAAUAAAUUCAAAGUCUAUUAAAUAGUAUGUUUUUAUUAGAAAAAUAGGCGUAAAAGCAUCAUUAUGCUUAUACGCAACACAAACACUAGACUAUUUAUGCAAUAUUUUCUUAUUCAUCAAUACCUUCGUUAUAUAUAGAAAACAGUCCACACAACUAAUUCUAACUCUGACACUACAUAUACAUUAUAAUACGAGGGCUGCUAUUUAUGUAUCCGGAAUAACAAAAUUAAACAAACAUAUAUUAUUACAUAUGGUUUUAUUGUUUCUCGAAGUAUUCUCCGCGAUGAUCUAUGCACUUCUGCAUACGAUGAAACCAAUUUUCAAAGCACUUUUUCCAUUCUGAUUGAGGUAUGUCCAAAACGUGUGUUUUGAACGCAUCAACGGCCUCUUCGCGGCUCGAAAAACGUUGACCACGUAAUUUAUUUUUAAUGUUUGGAAAUAAAUAAAAAUCAUUGGGUGCCAGGUCGGGGCUGUACGGCGGAUGACCCGUCAAUUCAAUCUUUUGACCCUCCAAAAAAUUAUUUGUUUCAGCCGACUUGUGGCAGCUAGCAUUGUCGUGAUGAAGUAUGAUUCUGCGUUGUGGGUUGUUCUUUCGUAUUUUUUCAAAGACUUCUGGCAAACAAAUGGUGGUGUACCAUUCAGAAUUAACCGUCCUACUAUUCUCUAGUGGCACUGUAGCUACAUGUCCGUUGAUACCAAAAAACAAGCGACCAUUUGCUUUAAAGUGCUUCUCGCACGAACAACUUUUGUUGGAUUCGGUUCAUCUUGAAAGACCCACACCGUUGACUGCUGUUUAGUUUCAGGGUCAUAAGCAUAGAUCCAGGUUUCGUCACCUGUGUAGAUAUUAUAAACAGCUUUUGACGUGCUACGGUUGUAUUUUUUUAUCAUUUUCUUACACCAGUCGACACGAGCCUGUUUUUGAUCUACGCUCAAGUUGUGCGGAAUCCAACGCGAACAAAUUUUUUUAACAAUUAAAUGUUCGUGUAAUAUCGCGUGUAUACUCGUCAUACUAAUGCCCAGAGACGCCUCUAUCUCGCGGUAUGUAACAUGACGAUCUUGCAUUACUAAUUGUCGCACAGCAUCAAUAUUUUGUUGUACCACUACCGAUUUAGGACGACCCUCCUUAAUGUCAUCCGUGAGCAUAGACCGUCCACGUUGAAAUUCCUUAAACCAAUAAUACACAGUGGUUUUCGAUGGUGCUUCAUCUCCAAAAGUUAAAAUCAGUUGUUCGAUGCACUGUUUUUGAGUUAAUCCACGCCGAAAAUCAUAAUAAAUCAUCGCGCGAAAAUGUUCACGAGUUAAAUCCAUGGCAAUGAAGACAAGCUAUUUUCAAAAUUGGCGCCAAUUGAAAAAAACAAAUGACAGGGACAUGAAAAAUAUUUAUUCUCUAGCCGAAGAGUUCUAUUUUCAAAUGUUGUAAUUACUUUUUAAAUAUUCUAGAAUUAUUGGCCAGUUCCGGAUACAUAAAUAGCAGCCCUCGUAUUAUUAUCUUUCCUUAUUGAUAAAUAUCUACCAUAUCUAGUCUUUCUAUGGUAGUCUCCUCUCUCUCUUAUUCAAAAAUAUUUAUCUAUAACACAUACACUUCUAAAAUCGCAUUCUACUUUUCGAGUGAAUUAUUGCUAACACUGGUGUCAGAUUUUAUAUCACUAAUAAAUUUCUGAAUAGGUACAACAACGCCAGCAAAGCCACACGACAAUAAAAAUUAAAAAAAUAUUUAAUAGGUAUUUAUUAAUUUUUAUUGCAAAGCCCUGUUAUGGGUUUGAACUUUCCCGUUUUGAGCCAGAUUUAUUGCGUGAAUCACAAAAAAUAUUAUCAGUGAAUGGGUGACAAGAAAAAUAGAUAGCGCAAAGGGCGCGAUAUCAACCACACUCGCGUUUCGUGGGGUCAUAACUCUGAAGCUCUGAUAAGUCCGCUAUUAUGCCAGCUCCACACUGUCGCCGAACAUGGCGACACGUGGCGCCGCGAACGCGUGAAGAUUGCGUAGUUAGUAUGAGUGCUUUUAUUUACCGCAAUGAAAAACCUGCAAUGUAUAUCUAAUUCGCCAAAGUUUGGCAAAUUGUUCGACGAUAGUGUAGAGCCGGCCUUAGAUCUAGUCACCGUAAAUUAUGAAAACAUGAACCCAAAUAGAAAAAGUCCAUAGUCAGCCAAAUUAAUUAUGAUUAAAUAUUUAGAUAUGUCAGAAAAAUGACUAUAUUUGUUAAGUUUAUAAUAGUUUAUUAUAAGGUAAAAAUAAAAUAUUUUGCAGUA